CACUGCCAGAAAGAGAGGUCAAAGAUGGCUCUAGAUGGUCCGAGGUGGUCCCAGGAAGAGGGGGACGGGGCGUGGUAAGAAGCCACCGCAGCGAAACAUUCGAGAGGUGGCCGUGAAUCCGCGUGGCAGCAAGGCGGCCCUCCCUCACAGCUCCUCUCGAGCCUCGGGCUGGGGCAGCGCCAACGCCAUGGAUGACAUCUCCGCGCGCACGUGCGCCAGCUCGUCCUGGACCCUGGCGAGCCUGGCGGCGGCCUCCCGUGCCUCCCCUCGGCCGACGCCAGCCGCCCCUCCGCGCGCCGCAGCGCCUCGCGCAGGGCGACGGCCGCCCCCGCGCCCCCCUCCAGCUGGCCCUCGCCCCGCCCACUGCUGCGCGCCGCCGGGCCUGCCGGCGGGAGGUGCUCAGGGACUGGAGGCCCAGCUUCCUCAGGCGGCCCGCGCGGUCCUCGGACCGCAGCUCCGGAUGCCACAGCGCGGCCAUGAGGACGUAGCGGUGCUCCGUGCCGUUGUUCCAGGCCUCGUGCUCGAAGGAGUCGUCGAAGCACAGGGCGCGGCCCGCCUGCCAGCGGAGAAGGGGGCGGUCGGCCACCCGCAGCCACGAGCCAGCGGGGGUGACGAGGCCGAGAUGGCAGUAGAGCUUCGCGUUCGAGGCCCCGCUGUGGGGCUUCAGGCGGGCACCGGGCGAUAGCCUGAACAGGUUGAUCUCGUUCAGGAACAGGGGCCCGCGCACUCCGCUGGACUCUGCGGGCAGUGUGUUGAACUCAGCGCGACCCUGCAGCAGCUUGCAAGUGCUUGCCAGCACGUCGUUGCAAGCAUUGCUCCAUGAACGCCCGUUAAAAACCUUGUGCUCGCUCCAGCUACCUGCUGUUAUCAGGAAGUGGUCGUUCUGGCCGAACGCGCUAUAAUAAUUCAACGAGGAUCUGUUAGGAAGUCGCUAAACUCUUGUAUGAUUACGCGGUGGUGCGUCUCUAGAAAAGGGGCCAAAUCCAAAUGUUCUGUCCAUAUCGGUCUCUUCGUGAGCCCUGGUGUGAACCAGGUGGGGGUCUGCCAGCUAUCCUCCCAUAGGUGAACCUGCUGCCCCUGGAAGCGGACCGCCUUGGCGCGCUGGAAGUACAUGUCUGCCACUUCAGGCCGACCGAAGUGCCUACUGUAAGUGAUCAAUUUCGCGAAUAUCACUCCGCUGCAUUUCUCGUACGCGGUCAAGUUGGCAGAUGACGUCAUUGCGCACCGGUCCACAUGCAUCAGCUCGUCAAAAUAAGGGAUCGCCUCUUCUAACAUCCCCAUCGCGUCGUAGCAAUACGAAAUGCCAUCGAAUGCCUGGUAGUAGAAAUACUUAAACCCCUGAGUCUUGAAUGUAUGGUCCCAUCUUCGCUCGACCAGGCUGCUCUCAUGUCCCGCACCAGGCUCAAGUACAACGCCGCCGCCCUCGCGAGCUUGCUCUGAUCGCCAAAGGUUGGAUUCGCCUCCAUGGCCUUGUCGUGCGCAUCUCUGAGCGCAGACGACUCGAAGACCUUCUGGUUCAUGCAGUCUAAAAACUCAGGCGAGCCAGGUUCGCAGAGCUCCACUCGCGGCAGCUCGACACGGUCCGCCUCCAACAUGACUGCGAGCAGCGUGGCCGCGACUGCGCGCGCACCACGCGGCAUGAGCGCGUCGUGCCUGCGGUGUGGGUUGAAAACAUGCUCGAUGCGACGUGGUCGAAAACUGCUCCCAGCCAAAAC